UGAAUGAGUGUAUCUGUCUGUGUCUCACUGUAGAGUGUUCUACACUUACCCUAAUAUAAAAUGUUCAUGUUUAUAUCUAACUGAAAGACAAGUUGAUUUCAGAGAUUACAUGAUAGAAGGACAGUGUUUUAUACACCAUUCUAAGGAUAUAUAUUUUCUUUAUUUUUUUCGUGACCGGUGGCCGAGAGAUAAAGCUCGUGAGUGUGAAUUGUAUUGUUUUGAUGGUAUCUAGGAUUCUAACUUCUCUAAGUUCCAGAUACUCUUUGAAAAUUCGUGGUUCAUUUUUUGGGGAUUUCUGUGACCUUCUGAAAUACAUAUUCAAUGUGGGCUUUAAGUCUGUGGAUUUGUGUCGGCUGCUCUCUUCAUCGGUCGUUAGCCACGCCUGAGAUUACGGACUUCACAAAGGUGGUUACGGUCAAGGAGUGGACAACUGUCAACGAGGUCCUGUCAAAAAUAGAUUGUCACGACCCCGACGGAGACAAGACCACAUCCUCUGUCCUGUCCGUGAGUCCUAGUGGCCCCUGUAGUCAGUGCUUCGAAGUUCUGAGCUCACCGCCAAACGAAGUUCUUCAAUACAGAGCUGGAGUGGGCACCCUUGAUUUCCACGCGGCGCCCUCCUACCUUCUGACCAUAGCCUGCAGCGACCUCAAUAACGAAGUGGCGACAGAGGUCAUAGAGGUCAGGGUCGUCCCCAACUCUCCCCCACAUUUCGACCCUAACAAACUGAAAGUAUCCAUUGGAAUUCCCUCGAGCACGCCCGCAGGGUCCACCAUCUACCACGUGGACAGUCACGAUGACGAUGGGGACGAUGUCAAGUACUCUCUCAAGGUCACACCGACGUCGUCCGCUUCCAACUACCAGAUCGACCCUGUGACUGGGGAGAUCAAGACCAGAGUGGACAUGAGGACUGAGUGCAGGAACGAUGUCACCUUUGAGGUCACCAUGACCGAUGGACACCACACAGUCGGGCCGCUGGUGAUUGAUGGGAAAAUAAAUAAUCCAAAUGUUGCACCGACGGCCAGAAACUUGAACGCCGUAGUCCAAAUACCAGAAGAUGGUCAGUGGACACCGUUCACAAUGGACUUUCAUGAUGGUAACGGUGACCCCAUCACAUACACAGUUACAAGUACCAACCCAGCAGCACUGGCUCAGUUUAAAAUUGACGGAUCCAACCCCAGAAUUGAUGUGGCAUCUAAGCUGAACUACGAAGAUGCUUCUCGUAGAGAGACUGACUUGACCAUACAAGCAACUGAUGGAUUUUGUUCUUCACCUCCAUACCAAUUGAAACUCAAGGUGACUGACGUCAAUGAACCACCCCAGAUAACCCCUGCCCACUCUUCUAUUGAAGUCUGCGAAGGACUGAGAGAGAUUGACCCUGGCUACCAAGUUACUGACGAGGACACCCAGGACGUACAGCGAUGGUCACUCAGGCCGGACAUGUAUAAUGGUAACGGCUAUUUUGGCAUCGAUCCUGAUUCCGGACACCUGAAGACGCUCAUUGACUACGAUGUGGACCCCCCUGCCCUGAUGCCACCUAACCAGAUCUUUAAAGUCCAGGUCUCAGAUAAAGGAAAGCUUAACGCCACCGCUGAUGUCAGCGUGACCUUUGUCGACUGCAACGACAACCCUCCCGUGUUCGUCAACCACUUUUACACCUAUGCCACCACAGAGUGCACAGCUAAAGGAACCAAACUGGGAACUAUCCAGGCCACUGACAAAGAUAGUGCACGAGAGCAGAAUAACGUCAUCUACUAUCAAGGGUCUGGUGGCAGUGUCAGCGUCGGAACCGGUGGGGAGGUCAUCGUUCAAAAUCCUGAACCAGCGGGCACGGUCAUAACAUUCAACGCCUAUGCAUAUGACAGAGGUCAGACUCCAGGGCCUCUUAAGAGUAUCAACCCUACCGUCAUUAGUGUAAGAUUCACUCCAUGUCCAACCACUACGACAAGGACAACCACGCCGUCAACCAAAGCCCCCAACACAACCCAUACUACAGCCGCCUCGACAACCACCAAGAUCCAGAAGAAAGAGGACACCAACUUGCCUUGGAUUAUCCUCGCCAGCCUCCUUGGUGCUUUGAUGUUGGGCCUGCUGACAUUCAUGCUGUGGAGGUACGGCGACCUAAUCGUCAACUUCUUCAAGGGAAGAUGCUGCGCCGCUAGAAACUGUUGGACUCGCGAUAAACCAAGGCUGUUGCCAAGGAGACGCGGUCCCAUGCAGAAGGAUGUGGUCGAAAAGCUGAAUACGCCUGAAGUCAUUGAGCCAGACCCACCAGGACCAGGAUUUCUAUUCGGAUUCUGGAAAGAACGUUUCCCUAAUGACGAUUUUAAAAGCCAACCGGACCGUCGCACCCUGCCAGCGCCCGGGGAUAUGGACGACCACUACCCCCACACCAUCGACACGGGGGACAAAAUCCAAGACCCCCUCUCGGAAGCCGCUGAUGGGACAUCGUCCAAGAAAGAAUGCAGCGUCAUGUAAGGGGAAGCCAUUCCCAGGCUGCCUCUUUCAGAUUAGACCGUCCAUCUUGAUUCGAUUGUUCAACCGUUUAGCAUCUUGAAACAAGGGCAACUAAUUCAUCUUGUUGCCUAAUAAUGCAUAGAUAUAUAUAGAUACAGAUAUAGAUAUAGAUAAUUUAUUUGCUUAAUGUUUCAAACUGAUCUCACCUAUCAAUCAGUAAUUGUUCUAUAUGUAUGUAUAUAUAUUUGUAUGUAUAUAUAUAUAUACGUAUGUAUGUAUGGUUAGCUUGUUACACUCUCUCUAUAUAUAUCUAUUAUGUAUCUAAACGGAAUUGAUCAUCUCUUACUAUGGCAUCACAGUUAGAAAACCAGUGACUUGGCAGAAUUGAAGUCAUUGGUUAAUAUGCAUGACUAAAUGCAUGACGCGUAGGACGUAAUCAUCUUAUUUUUUGAAGUAACGUCUGUAUUAUAUAAGAUAAGAUAAGAUAAGAAUGAUAUUGGGUGCUUAUUAGGUAUUUCCAUUUUUUAAUAGCUAUAAGCUAUAACGCAACACCCAACUGUAUGCCGGGAAUCUUUGUGUAGUUGAAAAAAAAACAACACACGAUAUUUUAACAUUUUUAUCCAUCAAUUGAAAAUCAUGAAAUCAUUGAAGACACACUAAUUAAUAAUUUACUUUUAAAUCCAAUAAUACAGCGGUUCUCAACCUUUAAGGCUCGGCGACCCCUUUUUACAAUCCCCCACUCUGCCACGACCACCUUCCCCCAACACACACAUACAGCAAUAGUAGAAUAGACAAAAAUAAUUCUGUAUUUCGAUUGUCUUAGGCGACCCCUGGCAAAUCGUCAAUCGACCCCCAAGGUGGGCGCGAUCCACAGGUUGAAAACCCCUGCAAUAAUACAUUCACAUUCGAUUUGACAUGAAGCUUGAAACUUCUAGACUGAAAAGAUUUGUUCUUCUGAACCCUGAAAUAAUCUCGUCCUCUCUCUAUAUUUAUUUAUACAAAUUGAAAAUUCUCGUAUCAAAAAUAAAAGAACAGAUUUUAAUCUACGUGUGUCUUUUUUUUUCUUCCCAUUCUGUUCUGUGUAGAAACUGAAAGCUACGAGAAGCUAAUGUAUAAAUAUACUUGCUGUUUACACUUCUCUUGUGACCUUAAUAUUUGCAUGUUUCAAUGUCUCGACAUUUUCACGAGUCCACUAUCUCUAUGGGUGUUAAAGGGUUAAAAUUAUAUAUA